GGAACAGCAGGGGAGUGUGGCGACUAGGAAGCUGCAGGAGGCAGCCCUAAUUCCUGGGCUCUGUGAAUAUGUCACUUCCAUGGCAGAAGGGACUUUGAAGAUGUAAUCACAGUCACGGUCCUGAAUUAUCCAGUCUCCUUACCAGAGGUUGAGUCGGUGGAUGCUGGACAUUUCCGGGGACCGGGGUGUGCUGAAGGACAUCAUCCGAGAGGGUGCUGGCGAGCUGGUGACCCCGGACGCUUCCGUGCUAGUGAAAUAUUCUGGAUACCUGGAGCACAUGGACAAGCCUUUUGAUUCUAACUGCUUUAGAAAAACUCCUCGGCUCAUGAAGCUUGGAGAAGAUAUUACACUUUGGGGCAUGGAGCUGGGCAUUCUGAGUAUGCGGAGGGGAGAGCUGGCUAGGUUUCUGUUCAAACCAACCUAUGCCUAUGGAGCACUGGGCUGCCCGCCCUUGAUCCCCCCAAACAGCACCGUCUUGUUUGAGAUUGAGCUGCUUGACUUCCUGGAUUCUGCUGAAUCAGACAAAUUUUGUGCCUUGUCAGUGGAGCAACAAGAUCGAUUUCCACUUCAGAAGGUCCUAAAAGUGGCAGCUACUGAACGAGAGUUUGGCAACUACCUUUUCCGCCAAAAUCGUUUCUACUAUGCCAAAGUGAGAUAUAAACGGGCCUUGUUGCUUCUCCGCCGGCGCUCAGCACCCGCUGAAGAGCAGCACCUGGUGGAAGCUGCCAAGCUGCUUGUUCUCCUUAACCUCUCCUUUACGUACCUGAAGCUGGAACAACCCACUAGGGCCCUGCACUAUGGAGAACAGGCUCUGAUUAUUGACCAAAAGAAUGCUAAAGCCCUCUUCCGGUGUGGACAGGCCUGUCUCAUCAUGACUGAGUAUCAGAAGGCCCGGGAUUUUCUAGUCCGAGCCCAAAAGGAACAGCCUUUCAAUCAUGACAUCAAUAACGAGCUGAAGAAACUGGCCAGCUGUUACAGGGACUACACGGAUAAAGAGAAAGAAAUGUGCCAUCGAAUGUUCGCUCCUUAUGAUAAUGGAUCCACAGUAGGAGAAAAUUCAAGAUUCUUCAACUAACUGCAAGCAAGAGAAGUGAGGCUGCUGGAGUUCUCCCUUGGUACUGGUGGGAGUUGGGGGGAGAAAGAGCUCCCUGGGCGCCCUGUGUCACAGUGGCCUGCUUGGAAGAGAGGCUGGGAUUCCACAGCUCUGGGCAUUGCCUCAUCUCUGACGCUGCUGAACUGUGUUUUCACAGGUGCUGUUUUCUGUUUCACAUUUUCAUACACGUAGUAGGGGGAAGUGUCUCUACUGACAAGUAGAAAAAUGCUAUUCCUUUUAAGGCAGUUUUUCUUUUUUUUUUCUUUAAUGGAAUUAGUCCUUGGCUUUUCUCCCAGUCCCAACCCUCCUUCCAACUGCUUAAUGGCCCUGGGUAAAUACAAAUAGAGAUCGCUGUGUGCAUUUUAUAGGGCUCUCUGUUUUGAAGAGGGAGAAUUAUGUUACAAAUGUUUUUGUUGUAAAUAAAUAAAAUACU